AUGCGCUCGGGGAGCAUUGCCCGAAGUUACUUGGAUCCGCUGGCUGCGCGGGUCCAGAGUAUCCGUAUGGGGAGACGUGGUCGCGGCUGGAGACGCUUUUUGGUCUUUGCGGAGUUAACGAAGAGUAAGAAGGGCGCAGAGUAUGUGGCUUUGUUCGCGUACUUUUCUUUCGAGAGUUGGAUGAAUACCGUGUUCGCAGAUGGUCCCCGCCAAGUUGUCAAUGCCAUCACCUUGUACUCCGUAAUGAGAAUGGACCUUCUUCCCGGUGGUGAAAACUCGGUGGACGACGACAAGGCAGGCAUCAUACAGUUUUUCGAGAAUGUCAAAAUCUUAGCCGAGGACAACAACCAGAGAGCCGUGGUCUUGUGUGGUAUGCUCUUCACGCUGGUUAUCUGGGUGCUGUCGAUCCUCAAACUCGCAUCCGCUGUGAUCCUCUACCUCAUCUUCCUGUUCCACCAUAUCCCCGCCGAGGAUGGUUCUCUGAAGGUGUAUUGCCGUCGCAAAAUCAACACCCGGCUCAUGCGCGUCGUUCGCCGGAAGGUGGACAAGGCUUUGGCCAAGAGCACCUUGGAUCGCGCGCCGACUCAACCACACCUCGCCCUUGACCGGAAACCGACCCUACCUAUGGUGGUUGACCUGGAUGCGGAGGACAAGGCACCGACCGUUACGACUCUCUCACGUUCUACGACUCAGACCACGCUUCCACCGUAUACUUCGCGCCCAGGAACCGCGGCACCGGAGCGGAACCCAACUCUUCCUACCCUCCCCGACGUAUCAUGGACGGAGAAACCGGUCUUGAGCCGAACGGUGACUCAAUCAUCGGCGCAUUCGGAAUUAACAUCGUACUCUGGGGCUACUGCAGUCUCCGGCUACAGCCCUCUUGAUCGCGGGUCUUCACCUGCGCCGCCUGUUCCUCCUGUCCCUACCAGCGUGCCGAUGCCCGGAGCACGUUCUUACACGCCCGUAUCACGGCCGCCGACAACCCGGCCAACACGUACACCGGCGCCGCCGUCCGCAACCAACGCACCAAGCCGUAUGCCCACGACGAUAAACCAGGGCGACUAUGAGGAAGCUCCACGCCGUUAUCCCGAUCCCUACAGUACCGAUACACCCUACGAUGAAAACUAUGGCGCGUAUCAAUCGUACAGUGCAGCCCCUGAUCCUUACUCACGCUCCUUGACGCGUGGAGUUGCUGUCUCGCCUGGCGAGGACUAUCCAACUCGGACGUUAUCUCCUCAAAGUCACAGGGGAACAGCCCAGCCACCACCCAACGCACAGCCUAGUUCGUAUAGGAUGGACUAUCCAACUCGGACGCUAUCUCCUCAGAGUCACAGAGGAACACCCCAGCCAUCAUCCAACCCACAACCUAGCUAUCCCGUACGAGCAUACACUCCAGGCGACGCUGGGACGGCUCGACCUCCGCUGGCCGUUGAUACAGCUGCAAGUUAUGCCGAAGGAACAUACACCCCAGUCUCUCAGAGAGCCACACCCCGACCGCAGCAGCAGAGCCCACAGCAGCAAGGAGGAUAUGUUGCAUUUGAUCCCUCCUCGAUGGCCCCGAGCCAACCCAGUGCCGGCAUUCGACCAACAAAUUCUCCGGUUUAUCAUGCUUAUGGCGGACCGGGCAGUGCUACGUCGCCCAACGGGCCUAGCAACCGAGGACCGCCUGUACGAGCCUACACGCCGCAAGGCUACAACCCUCAACCGCGGCCCUAUCGACCAGACUACGCCUGA